AUGUCGGCCUCAUUAGCACCAGAAUGCAACCAAGUCAAAGAGCGCUACGACAACUGCUUCCUAAAGUGGUACAGCGAGAAAUUUCUGCGUGGCACCGCUACAACUGAUGACUGCAAACCAAUCUUUGAGCAGUAUGAAAAAUGUCUUUCUAGAGCACUCAAUGAACGAGGCAUUGACAAGAUGCUUAAAGAAGUGCGCGAAGACAACAAAGAGAACGAUGCUGAGCAUAUGAAGCCUAGUCGAUGA